AUGCUGAGCAAAGAUAGAGAUGGAUAUCAGAAACUCCUGGAAGAGCACAACCUAUUGAAAAAACAAAAUGAAAGCUUGAAGAAUGAAAUGGGUCACCUGCAAUGGCAUGGGCAUUCUAAAAGUACUCAUCAGUGUUCUUUUUAUAGUCCAAUCACUGUUAGUGCACAAGAUAAAACUAUAAGUGGUGUAUCUGACCAUGGGGAAGAUACUGAAGGUGUUCAAUUGGUUCUCAGGCUCCACCAGAAGGUAAAAGAACUGGAAAAAGAAACAAUCAAGUUGCAGAAACAAAUGGAAGAGAUAUGCAGUGGCUGGUGUUUAUGCUCAGAGCUCUCCUUCCACCCUAUUACAUGCAUUUAGCAGAGUUACUUCAGGGCAGUGACU